UUCAUAGGCAGUAUCCAACCACUGGGUGCUACCCUGGACUUCAGAAGUGACUUAGACAUAAGGUGUCAGAAUAAGGUCUCUAACAGCAGAAAUCUAUCAUGGAACCAAGUAAGAGGCAUUAGAAAAGUUAGAGGAGGAGCUCAGGAAAGAGAAGAUCCCAUGUAAUUACAAGAAAUAACUUCAGCGUCGGAUCUACUGCACCGACUACACAGUGUUGAGCCUUGGAAGGUGGUGGUUUCAGAGAUACAGUUCCAUGCUCAUCAAAGGAUCCUCACCAGGACUAAUCUCCAGUUACCUACAAUAGGAAUCAGCUUGUGAACAUUAAAUCUGUUCUGAUACAUCCUCAGAUGCUGUGAGGAUCAGGUGUGCUACUUCCAGAAUCCCUGGGCAUGGACACCUGCAGGUCUACGAUCACCGCCAUUAACAGCUGCUGAGAUGACAUGAACCCUGGAGAGAGGUAUCUGGACCAUGGCAGAGGGGAAGAAAACAGGAAAUUAAGAGAGAACUCAUUGCAUUGCAUCACUAUUGCUUCAACAGUAAUGAAGAAAUGGGCCAACUGCAAUCACCUGGUUCCAAAAGUGUUUUACAAAUGUGAUAAUAUUCUGAAGGAGCCCGUGUGCCUAGGAGGAUGCGAGCACAUCUUCUGUAGUGUCUGUAUAAGUGACUGUGUUGGAUCAGGAUGUCCGGUGUGUUACACCCCAGCCUGGAUUCUAGACCUCAAGAUAAACAGACAGUUGGACAGCAUGAUCCAUCUUUAUAGUAAGCUUCAACAUUUGCUACAUGACAAUAAACUUUCAGAUCCAGAAGAUGACACAUCUAGGGCAAGUUUAUCUGUUGAUGCAGAAAGGAAGAAGAAUUCAAUAAAAAUGUGGUUUAGUCCUCGAAGUAAGAGGGUUAGAUAUGUUGUCAGUAAAGCGUCAGUACAAACCCAGCCUCGAAAGGAAAAGAAUGACAAAACCCAGGAAGCCUCAAUGUAUGAAUUUGUUUCCACAAGUCCUGUUGAAGUUGUUUCUAAGAGGGCCAAAACGGCUUCUAAAACAUCUGCAAAAAAGCAGCAGAAGAAAUCUUUAACUGGGAUCAACCAGGAGGGGAACUUAAGGACAGAAAAAAAAGAUGAUAGAUUUGAUUCUAAAGAGGAAGUGAAGGAACAGAGGGUUCCCUCCUAUGGCCAAACACCAGUUGUGGAGAGGCCACAGGGAAAUAGUGAAAUAGACUUACUAGCAAGUGGCUCUGUUGUAGAUUCUGAAUGUUCUGGAAGCUUGACUGAAGUUUCUUUACCAUUGGCUGAGCAUAUAGUGUCUCCAGACACAGAGAGCAAGACUGAAGAGACUCCUGAGAAGAAGGUCUGUGUAAAAGAUCUCCGUUCAGGAGGGCCUGAUAGAAACCGUAAAGGCUGCGGCAGAUCUCCCAGUUCUACUUCUAAGAAUUGUGGGAGCAACGUUCCGAACACCAGCAGACGUGUUAGAGAUGUCGUUAAACCAACAGUGCUCGCCGAAAACGUACUGUUGGUGGACUGCUCUUCAUUGCCUUCAGGCCGAAUUCAAGUUGAUGUCACAUUUAGGAAAAACAGUAGUGUAUCCGAUGACUCUCUUUCACCAGGCACACCCCCACCUCUGCUGAAUAAUUCAAUUCACAGACAAAUGAUGUCAAGCUCUUCCACAGGGAAGCUGUCACCCAGUGUUACAGCUGGGAAAAGAAAUCACAGAGGAGAGACAUUGCUUCACAUUGCUUCUAUUAAGGGCGAUAUACCUUCUGUUGAAUACCUCUUGCAACAUGGAAGUGACCCAAACGUUAAAGACCAUGCUGGAUGGACACCGUUGCAUGAAGCCUGCAGUCAUGGGCACCUGAAGAUAGUGGAAUUGCUGCUCCAGCAUAAUGCUUUGGUGAACACCACUGGCUAUCAGAAUGACUCACCGCUCCACGAUGCGGCCAAGAAUGGCCACCUGGAUAUAGUCAAGGUUCUACUGGCUCAUGGCGCCUCCAGGGAUGCUGUUAACAUAUUUGGUGUACGGCCUGUGGAUUAUACAGACAAUGAAAAUAUAAGAUCACUGUUGCUGCUACCAGAGAAGAAUGAAUCAUUCUCAACUAGCCAGUGCUCAGUCGUGAAUGCUGGGCAGCGAAAGAAUGGGCCACUGGUAUUUAUAGGCAGUGGGCUUUCUUCACAACAACAGGAGAUGCUCAGCAAACUUGAGAAAGUUCUUAAGGCUAAAAAGUGUGCUGAGUUUGACAGUACAGUAACUCAUGUCAUUGUUCCUGAGGAGGAAGCUCAGAGUACUUUGAAGUGUAUGCUUGGGAUUCUCAAUGGAUGCUGGAUCCUGAAGUUUGAUUGGGUGAAAGCCUGUCUGCAGAGCAAAGUACGUGAACCAGAAGAAAAGUACGAAGUUUCUGGAGGUCCACAGAGGAGCAGGCUCAACAGAGAGCAGCUGUUGCCGAAGCUGUUUGAUGGAUGCUACUUCUUUCUGGCGGGAAACUUCAAACAUCAUCCAAAGGACACCCUCCUUAAGCUCAUUUCUGCGGCAGGAGGCAAGGUCCUUAGUAGAAAGCCCAAGCCAGACAGUGACGUGACCCAGACCAUCAACACAGUUGCAUACCAUGCCAGACCUGAUUCUGACCAGCGCUUCUGUACACAGUACAUCGUCUAUGAGGAUCUGUUCAAUUGUCGUCCAGAAAGGGUUCGCCAGGGUAAAGUCUGGAUGGCUCCUUCCACCUGGCUUAUUAGCUGUGUAAUGGCCUUUGAGUUGCUUCCCCUUGACAGCUGAAUGACAUACAGGGUGAACAUUUUAAGUUGAACAUAAAUGCUUUGUGAGAACACAGCCACUGUGAUAUGUUUGAUCAUUUGCUUUUUAUGGAUAGGCAGAACUGUUCAUAUUUCCUCCUUUGAAUUACAAAAUAAAACAAUUGAUGCUAGCUUAGGAAUUCAUUUAGAUGCCUAAACUGCUUUUAAUAUUUUUUCUUUCUUACUCUCUUGAGGGUGGAGCUAUAACUCAGUUGUUGAGUCUUUAUGAACCAUGCAUGAGGCACAGGGUUCCACACUGGGAACUGCAAAGAAGUUUUCAUUUUACAAGUGGCCUGUGGGUUUUGAUUAAUCAUGUCUUUCAGUUUUAUCAGCAUCUAUCAAAGAUUAGUAAGUGAGAUGGCAUGAGAACUACUUGUUAAGUCUACAUGUGGUCUGUCUUUAAUUUAGCAUCCUUUAGUAAACAAUAUCAUCUGAUGAUUUAUUCUGCCUCUGUUAUAAUGAUAAUAUAGCAUUUAUAUAAAUGUACCACUAUAGGUGAAAAGUUGUAUCUGAAAUUAUCUUUUUCUUACAUUGUGUUUUAGUUUCUUGUGUUUCCUUGGCUUUCCUUUGUGUUUAUUCAUUUGUGACAAAAUCUUGUGUACAUCACGAAAUCUUGAUUUGAACCACUGGGUGUUAGUGGAAAAAUCAGCAGUAUGCUUGUGUGCAUGCUUUUAUUGUGCUCAUUUGCUGUCUGCCUACUGUGCAUUUGUGCAUACCUCUAUUUUCUGUAACUUAGUUUAGUGUCACUGUUUCUUAGAAGGCCUUACCAGUUUAGAAAACUGCCAAAAUGUCAACUCAUUAGACUAGAAGCAAUCUGUUUGUGGUAAAUCUCUCUGGGCAUUUCUAAAAUAAGUCUCUGUGAGAAUUUAAUCCCUUCCCCAUUCUCUUCUUCAAGACCCGCUUACUAGGGAAGGUUGACAUUCUGCCAAUCAUUUGAAAAUAGACCCUGCGUAUACUUUCCCUUGACAUACUAUUGUUUCAUGUCAACAGGUAUAUCAUGUGAACAGAAUGCUUCCCUCCUGCUGGCUUCCCAGGGUCAACAGUUCUGAAAGUCUAAGCUCUUCCUCAUGUUUGACUCACAGUUCAGGGUAAUGCCUAGAUUAAGUCAUUUACAAUCUGGGCAUUUGGGUUGUAGGGUUUGUUUGCUUUUAAUUCCCACCCUGAGUUACUUUCUGGUGCCUCUGUUGUCUCAUUCCUGAUCAAAUGUGUAUCUCUUCUUUGCUGUGAAUUCCUGUUUCUAAAAAUGCCUUCGGGGUUCCUGUUCACGUUUUAUUUUCUUACCUCACCCUCUUUCUCACCCCCCUCCUUCCUACUAGUAUUACUAUUUUUGAGUGCUCUCAAUGCUGAGUUUUUUAAAAAAAACUGUUUGAAACAGAAAUACAUUCUCAGAAUAAUGCACAAAAACACAGGUUGAGCUACACCGAAACUCCCCUCCCUUCCCCUUCCUCCUCUUUUCUUCUCUGAAUGCCAGGGAGAACAUGGUGGAAGGUAACAAUGCACAACUCUGAAGACAAAGGUUUGGUCCAGAGAACUUAAUGUCAUCUAUCACGUUACAUGAACAGCAUCACUGAGUAGGAUUAAGAUGUGGAGAUGUCACAUUACCAUAGGCGGCUCUUCAGUGCUGGGGGUGAGAGUGUGGCUGCUUCAGGGAGGUAAGGACCGAGCCCAAGUGGGAGACAUCUUUGGCUUUGUCACGCGUGGGUUAAAGUCACACGGCUGAGCCACCGACUCCCACUCAGAGCCUAGGGAUGACUCCUUAGUGUCCUUACAAAGGCUUGUUGCCUCUUGUUUCCUGUAGCUACUCACCUGUCCCACAUACCGCUUUUCUAGUUCCUCCAUUGCUCUCUUUCCACUCUGCUUCUUGCUUCCAAGAAUUGAUGUCAAGGGCUUCCAAACUCUUCUCUCCCUUUGUGGAUGCUCUCACUCUGGUUGCUGUAGAUUCACCUCUCAAACAGCUGCAUAACUGGCACCAUUGCCCUCGAGGUAGUGUUUGCUGUCCGUCGCUCCAUCAGCACUGUCAGGGCUUGGUUUAUGUUCAGCUUUAACACUUACAGUUGUUAGAAAUGCUUCUGUAGAAAUGCUUGUAAUUGUAAUUUUCCCUAAAUGGAUUUAAACUUAUAAAUCAUUAAAAUUACUUGUGCUUGUA